AUGCUAGUCGCCUUAGUCGCAAUUGUUGGCCGCGUCUACAUUCGAGUGUUUGUCCUCCGUCUUCUGCGCUUAGACGAUUACUUCAUUCUCGUUGCGAUGAUGCUCAGCAUCCUUGGGUGCAGUUUCUUCCUCCAAGUGGUUAGCUUAGGGAUGGGAAAACACAUUUUCGCAAUACCGGCAGAGAACAUACAGCCGUUGCUGAUGUGGAUAUUUAUCGUCUCCGUCCUCAUACCUAUGGCAUUGUGCUUUGUCAAGCUGUCAAUAGCGUUCUUUCUCCUCUCACUGACGCGCGGGACCCGCUAUGGCCGAUUCUGCUGGUUCAUCAUCGGCUUUCUGGUGGCAUUCAUGCUCUUCACAUUCUUCUCCCUCAUCUUCGGCUGCGUGCCGAUAGCGGCAAACUGGGACUUCACAUUACGGCCUCCGCCUAUCGGAACUGGGAACGCGAAAUGCAUGGAGAUCACGACAUAUCGGAACAUUGCGGUUACAAAUAGCGUCAUCAACAUUGUCACAGACAUUGUGCUUGCGCUUAUGCCUGUGCCUUUAGUCUGGAGGCUGCAGGUAAACAAGCGGACCAAAAUCUCGCUAGUAUUGAUCUUGGGGCUGGGUUUCGUUGCAUGCGCAGCCGGGAUCGUCAAAACUCCUCUCCUCUUCCAUUUCUUCGACGACUUCGAUUCCACCGGUAAUCGCUCCUGGUAUUACGCCUGGCAAAUGAUUGAAAUGAACGUCGCCAUCCUCGCCGCAACCCUCCCUUCCCUCAAACCCGCUUUCCGCUGGCUUCUCGACACCGCCAGAACCUUCGCAUCAGGAGUUGCAUCAGGCAAUCGCACACGCACCGGCGGCACUCCAGCCCACAUUGGCUACAAGCGCCAAUUCUCAUCCGGAUACCUUCAUCAUAGAGACGCAAGACGUGACUCGUAUCAGUUUGAAAGUAAUCCAGUCCGCAUGUCGAGAUUCAUUCCGAAGAACGACAUCAUACACGACGGAAGUAGGGGAAAUUCGAAUAACGGGUACACAGUCGACGGUGUGGAGUUGGAGCCAAUGUACAACGUCACUGUCUCUGGAAUGGGGGCAGAAAAGAAGAGAGGGGGGAAUGGGUCUCCGAGCAGUGGCUCCGGUAUGGGCUCGAAUGCAAGCAGCGACGCUAUACUCCAAAUAGAGGACGUGGACGGUCAGGGUAUGGGACCGGGGCCUGCCAUGGGUGUCUCUGGUGGGACGGUAAUUGGUGUGGGGACUGGGCCGGUACCUGCACCUGGGCCUGGGGAGAGGGGGAUUUUUUGCACGACCGAGGUGACGGUGGUGUCAUGUUGA